UGCCGCGACGCCAUCCAGAAUUCUCCGCCGACGACGACGACGGAGGAACCCAUACAUGCGAUCGAAACUUACGUCGACGGCGAAGCUAUCACGUUCGACAUUGACGCCGAGCCGUGUUUGAAAAGUCACUACCUUCUCAUAUACGUACAUUCCGAUCCCGGAAACGCCGAACGACGUCGCGUCAUACGUACCACUUGGGCGUCGAACGAAAUAUUGAAACUUCAUGGCGCUAAGUUAAUUUUUGUAACCGGUCAGGUGGAAACUUUAGAUAUGCAAGCAUCGUUAGAUUUCGAGAGCCAGCUGCACAAAGAUAUUUUGGAAGGCUGUCCAGGAUUGCUGGAGAUGGUGCUGCGUGACGUACUAAAGAUGGCGUACUCGCCUUUGGCCUUGGUGUUUCCAGCCUUGCAGGGGUGUAAGGUCCUGGCGUACAUGGCUGUGCCUCUAUCAUGUUGUCCAGAAAGUCCAAUCCGUCAGGGAAGUUUGCAGCCACUUUGGUGCGUUGGUGCCCUCAUACGGCUUCAACUUGUUGUGAUUGACUACUUUUUCUUUUCCAUGGCGAUCCAACUGUAUUCUGAAGUUGACGUUGGACAGCGACUGCUUUACAACAAAAGGGCCUUCAUUCAAGCAAACUUUACAGACACGUACAGAAAUUUGACGUACAAGGCUAUUUCGGGUUUGCGCUGGGCGCAGGAAAAUUGCCCCAAUACAACAUAUGUGUUAAAAACGGAUGAUGACAUUGUAGUUGAUAUCCAUCGCGUCGUGCGGCUAAUGAAAGCUUACAUCGAAAAUAAAUGGGGCAAGAAAAACAUCCUUGCCGGAUACAUAUGGCCACAUAUGAACGUGGACAGAAACAAAAGCAGUAAAUGGUACGUUUCACCUGAAGAAUUUCCCAAACCAUUUUAUCUGAAAUAUUGUUCCGGCUCUUCCUAUCUUAUGAGCACGGACGUCGUUGCAAAGUUCUAUACAAACUCACUUACGGUGCCAUUUUUCUGGAUUGACGAUUAUUACGUAACCGGCAUGCUCGCGAGUGCAGCUGGAGUCACGCCUACGUCAUUAAAUGAUCGAUACAUAUUAGAAAACAACGCUGACAUGGCCGCUUUGCUUCAAAACGAUUCAAAAACGCGUUUUGUGUUCGUACAUUCUCCAGAUACGAUAACGUCGAACUUUGUUUGGAAAACGUUCUUGGAGCGGUGGGGCUAA